GGCACGCGAGAACGCGCGGCGCGCGCUUCUUCAAAAGAAGAAGCCAGAAGAGCCGCCCGGUCCCCAUCGAACGACGGUCAGCUCGGGGACCAGCAUGGGCGUGUUCGACCAGCUGUACGCGAUCGUGUGGAAGGACGUGUACGUGCAGGCCAUCAAGCGCCACUACUACGUGACCACCGUCGAGGUGGUCCUCAUCAUCCUCUCAUUCUUCGCCGUCGAGCACGACCGGCCCAUACUGCCGAACAAACACUGCGCCAAGCCGCCCUGCCUGCGCUACUCCGAGCCACGCGAGUACCAUGAGCGGGAGCUUGGAAACUUCAGCUGCCCGCAAAUGGUGCUGUACGCGCCGGGCAAGAUCGGCGACGAGCUGUUCCAGUCAGCCUUCAAGGACAACGACAAGGUGCGCGUGGCGGGCUUCGAGACGGUGGACAGCAUGCUGACCGCCUUCCACAAGGUGUCGCCGAAGCCGAAGCGCGGUCCCGAGCAGCGCGUCGUCGCCGUCACGCUGGGCGAGAGCGGAGAGGCCGUCUCGAAGAACGGGCUCACGUUCAGCGUCAGCUUCUACGACGAGUUCGUGUACAUGUCGAAGCGGCUCAACGGGUACGCGCUGUUCGAGCCGCUGCCCAACCCGGUGACGCAGCGCGAGAGCGUCGCCUGCCUCCAGCUCGCGCUGAGCCAGGCGCACCUCGCAUCGGUGGCGGCCGACAAGCAGUACGCCGAGAAACCUUACAGCAUAGCCACGCAUCGAAUCACCGAGGGGCCGUACCCACUCGACGCGCCUUCGCACCGGUGGCUGAUGCUGAUACGGUUGGGUGUCGGAUACUUGGUGCCCUUCUGCUUGAUUCUGUCGCGCGUGGUGGAGGAAACGCAGCAGGGCAUGCGUGAGAAGCUUCGCCUGGUCGGUCUCCGCGCUACCGCCUACCGCGCGGGUCACUGGAUGGCCGGCUUCUUCUCGGGGAUUGUGAGCGUCGCCAUGGUCAUGGCCUACAUGACCGCCGUAGAGAACACCAGUGAUUAUGGCUCGCAGGCCUUCCUGGACGGUACAAGCAAGCUGGUGGUUCUCAUGUGCUUCGGCCUCUUCACGGCGCAGUACAUUUCGAAGGCGAUGCUUCUUGCGCUCUUCUUUAGAGACACUGCACUGGCUGUGGUGUUCGGUGUGGUGUACUGGCACAUCAGCUACGUAAUGCCCUGCGUAAUUCUCGAAGAUAUGCAGGGUCGCGCGGCCCAUUACAUCCUGCUGGAUCGCUGGACCAAGCUUCUCACCGCAACGCUGCCGUGUGUCGGCAUGCACUGGUGCUUCCGCAUUAUUGGCUGUGCCAACACUGUCGGGGAGCAGUACACAUUCUCCUCGGUGACCUCCUAUGUGCUAGAGCUGGACAAUGUGACCAUGUUCGAGAUCUGGACGGUCAUGCUGAUAGACAGCCUCGUCAACAUCACCCUGGGGUGGUACUUCAGCCACGUUCUUACAUCGUACAUUGGCGUACCAUACGUGCCCUGGUUUCCUUUCAUGUACCGCUACUGGUUGCCCACAGAGAAGGGCUCGUUCCAGCGGGUACCGCCAUCCACGCCCGAUGGACUCAACUUUGAGCAGUAUCCCGUAGACAAGGAAGAGGUCGUCUUUGUGAACAGGCUGGAAUACGAGAGGAAACAGAAGCACGUCCUGCGGGACACGAGUUUCAAGGCGUACCAGGGAGAAAUCAUGAUAAUUUUGGGCCCCAGCGGAGCGGGAAAGACAGCGCUCGUGGACAUUAUCACCGGAAGUGUGGUGGCUACACAGGGCCAGGUGAUCGUGAACGGCUACGACGUGGCCGUGCAGACGCAGCGUGCGCGCGAGCUGAUGGGCGUCGUGCAACAGCGCGACGUGCUGUUCUAUGACCUGACUGUGGCCGAGCAUUUGAUCUUGUUCGGGGCGCUCGCGGGACUCUCCGGGGAUGCCCUGGUGCACCGCUGCGUCGAGCUCCAAGACAUGUUCUCUCUUGGCGACAUCGCCCAUGUGCGCGCCAACUUGCUUCAGGAAGGACAGAAGCGCUCCCUUGCCUUGGCCAUAGCCAUAGUGGUACCACCUAAGGUUCUGAUCCUCGACGAACCCAUGCGUGGCAUGGAUGCGGCGUCGCGCGGCAUCGUGUGGCAGGUGCUGCAUAAGCUAAGGCCGUCCACGUGCAUCAUCAUCACAACGCCCGAGGUCGAGGAAGUCGAACUGCUCGCAGACCGCAUCGCCAUCCUGGGAUACGGGGCCCUCAAGUGCUGCGGUCGCACGGGCUUCCUGCAGCGCCGCUACGGCACUGGCUACAGCGUUACGCUCAACAAGGGUGCCAAGUUCGAAACGACACGCACCCUGAAGGCCCUUCAGGCUAGAGUUCCCGAAAGCCGCCUGCUUCAAGACCACCGCAACAGUGUCGUCUUCUCUUUGGGCAUGCGCAACGGCUGCGACCACGUGUCGGCAGCGCUCCAGCUUCUCGAAAGCGACAUGCAGGGAAUGAGCAUCGAGUCCAUGAAGGUGAACGUGAUCACCAUGCAGGAUGUCUUCACUCGCAUGAUUCUCGAGUUGGACGUCGCGAACAUCGAGACCCACCGCCGUGCGGCAUCCAUUUCACGCCGUUCCGUUGUCAAGUCGCACAUGGGCGCCGCCACGGAGAUUGAGUACUCGGAACGCGGUAUGCUCCUUCCCACCGAGAAUGUGGGCGGCAUGUCCCAGGUCGAGGAGUACGAGUCGUCGGUGCAGAUCGAGCAGCACAUGAAGACCUUGUUCGACUUGAAGGCCGGAAAGCCCACUUUCAAACAGACGCUGGUCGCCAUGAUCGAGAAGCGCCGCAACUACACCUGGCAGACGUUCGCGCUGCCUGUUCUCUGCUGGCUGCUGCCAGCCGCCCUCAUGUUCGCCGAGUGCCAGUCGGAGAAGCGCCUCGUCGAUCAGCUGGCAGUCAGCUUCGCCGGCGACAGGCUCACGUACGACCUGCCCUCGCUGCACCCUGGGUCAAAAGUGUUCGUUGCGGCAGACCAGGCAUCGGAACCGUUCAAGGGAGAGUACCGUAAAUUCCUGAACAGGGAGGACACGCAGGUCGUGGACGUGACCAGCGUGAAAGGUCUCAUGGCGGAUUUCAAGAAAUCGCCUGCUGCCUUACGCGACUACAUGGUGGGAGCAGAAUUCCAGGCGGGCCCAGACGCAGCGACAGCGGGCAAAGCCGUUGCGUGGUAUAACGGCGACUCGUACCACACACAGUCAGCGUCCCUGGCGGCCGUCGGCAACGCGUUGCUCAAGAAGAUCUCCGGCGAUCGCGACGCCCAGAUCAAGACCGUACUGCGGCCGCUCAAGAAGCGUAACGACACCGUUGCGUCGCGCAAUGCGGACAACCUUCGCUAUGCCGACGAGCUGUCCACGUUGCUGUCCUCGCGUGUGCUUCGUAUGGUCCUGCUACCAGCCACGACCUCGGUGGUUGCGGCGAGCUUUGUCUUAUUCCCGAUUGAGGACCGCGUCACCAACUCAAAGACCAUGCAGCUCAUCUCGGGCGUGCACCCGUUCAUCUACUGGUUUGGCAACUACAUCUGGGACAUGGCGGUGUCCCUAGUGGCGCUCCUCGUUCUUUUCGUGCCCGUGAUCAUCUGCCACUCUGAGUUCAUGAGCAUCGCGAUAAGUGUGAUCCUGGUGUUCCUAAGCUACGUCCACAGCAUACUGGCUCUCACCUACUGGUUUUCGUUCGUCACUGACUCCCUUAUCAGCGGCUUUCUCAUCGUGAAUGCCUUCAACGCCCUCUCAGGAACCGUGAGUACCAUGGGGUACCAAUUGGUGAUGAUCUCGCAAGAGCAGGGCUCCAGCAGCAUGAUCUCACUGACUCAGCCCUGGGACCCACUGCUUAUGGGCCUGUACCUGCUGCCUCCCUUCUCCUACACCUGGGCUAUCACCAAGGUUACGCAGAAAGUGAGCGAGGAUGGCUACUGCCAGGGCUCGACGCAGGUGGUGCACGACAUCUGCGCCUACCUCCGCAAUAGCCCCGAUGAAGGCGCCGUGCUGCUGACGAACCUGCGCUACUGCUGCGCCUCCUUCUACGCCAGCAAUGGCGAGACCGUCAGCCACCUCAACCCUUUUGCAUUGCACAGGGACGCCGUCCUGGUAGAGCUACUCGUCAUGCUCGUGGAAGGCUUCGUCCUUCUUGUGUUGCUCGGCUUGUUCGAACACGGGAUGCUGCGGCCCUGGUUCCGGUCUAGCGCACAGACGACGGCAGCGACAGCUCAGCCAUUGCGCGACGGGGUGGCCGAAGAGAAAAAGCUCGUUGAGAAGAUUAUCGCCGGCAACGACUUCUCGAAGCCGGCGCUCGUUGUGCUCGACAUUCGCAAAAACGUCGGCAACCGACAGGUGCUGCGCGGGUUGACGUUCCACGUGGACCCCGGCGAGACGUUCGUGGUGCUCGGCCUGCGGGGCUGCGGCAAGACGACGCUGCUGGACAUCCUGUCCGGCGUCCAGUCGCCCACGUCCGGCAGCGCGCUGAUCGGCGACACCCUGCUCAGCAACACGGCCGCGUGGCAGCAGCGCAUCGGCUUCUGCCCGUACUACGACGGCGUGCUCGGUCGGCUGACGGUGCGCCAGACGCUGACGCUGUACGCCCGCGUGCGCGGCAUGACGGGCGACGCCAUCGAGAAGAUGAUCGACCACAUGAUCCUGCUGCUCAACCUCAGAGCCGUCGCCGACGACACCGUGGACUCGACAAGCGCAGUGACUCGCCGCAAACUUGCCGUGGCCAUCUCCAUCGUCGGCCUUCCUCCAGUAGUGCUCAUGAACGACCCUGCCACGGGACUGGACACGAUGUCUAAGCGAAAGAUCUACCGCUCCAUCGAGAUCUUGCGGCAGCUGGUCAAAUCAGCGAUCAUGAUCGUUACCAAAAGUGUGUCGGACUGCGUGGUCAUCUCGGACCGCAUGGCGAUCAUGCUUAAUGGCCAGUUCCAGUGCCUAGGCUCCAUCAGCGAUCUCCAGAAGCGGUACUGCCGUGGGUCCAUCAUUCUCGUCAAGCUAAAGCCAGCAACGUUGCAGAACAGCGCAGCCAUUAACGACAUACACAACCAGGUGCAGUCAGCCUUUCCCGGUGCGGUGCCGACGGGCCAGCUGUCACUGGCGCUGGAGUAUUCCACCGAGUUGAAGAUGCCGUGGAGCAAAGCCGUAGUGACCGCCUACAACCUCAAGCAGCAGCUGAGCGAGCACGCGCAAGACGUCAUCCUGACCGACGUCACGAUGGAGCACGUGCUGCUCAGGAUGGCCAAGUACGAGAGACCGGUGGCCGUCGCCGUCGCCUGAGCAGCAAUAAAAGGGAGCGCGUCGCCGGCUGGCGCCCAGCGGGGAA